AUGGAUAAAGAUGCCCAAUCUCAGCUAUUGCGGAAUGGAGUCGCGUCAUUACGGAAAGAAGCCGAGAAAAUGACAGACGGUGAGAUUGUUGGGAUGGAACAGCAGAGCCUUUUUCUUGAAAAUAAUUUUGAGGCAUUUUUCUCGUCCAACAUUCCUCAUGUAAUUUUUAUCAAUGGAACACCAGGCACAGGCAAGACCAUGUUAGUCAAGCACUUCCUAGCAAAAUACAAAGAGCAAAUUCGUCCGUUUUAUUUUAAUGCGAUGGAAGAAGAGACCCUCGACGCGCUUCAAAAACAUUUGCUAAAACAAUUUAAUCAAGAUCAACACAAAUCAUUUGAUUUCAGAACGAGUUCAAUACAGAGAAGUAUUUCCACUGGUUUUUCAUAUUACAAAAACUCAAUUUUAAUCAUCGACGAGUUUGAUUCUUUUCUGGACAACGAGCAAAAAGACAAUUUAUACUCCUUCUUUAAUUCUCUUUCCGACUUGAAAUGCCACGUCCUUAUCAUCUUGAUUUCAAAUGCCGUCAGCGACACUUUCCGACAAGGGUCAAGUACGUCAUCGCGCUUUCAGUACCUCUCAAAGACGUUUCCGCGCUUCACUCCGGAGAGGCUCAAACAAAUCAUCCUUGCGCGGGUUGGAAAAGAAGUUAUCGACUUAGUGUUUAGUAAAGAAGACUAUCAAUAUUUCCUCGAGACGAUAGUAGAAGCUACAAUGGCUGGAGGAGAUGUUAGGAAAGUGAUAGGGAUGGUAUUAUCUAUUAUACAAGGGGCUUUGGAUCGAAUGGAGAAUAAUGAAGAUCCAAGAUUGAGUCAUAGAGAUGUUUUGGAGUUGUUCGACCACAAAAUCGGUAAUCCACUCACGGGAUGUUCUCAAUUUGAGAUUGUGAUUUUGUACUGUUUGUUGAAAUUAAAUGAGGAGGAAAGAAAUAUCCAAAAUCUCAUGCUCAGACUUGGCGGAAUGAAAUCGAAGAUUAACCAUCUCAUUGCUUGGAAUGACGUAAUGCUCCAAUACGCAUUGAAGAGACUCGAAGACAGGGAUUUCUUGCACGUCAAAACUGGCACAAAGAAACUUUUCGUUGUAGACAACUCAUUCUUACCCGACGUUGUGGACGCAAUUAAUAACAUCCCUGAUGUGGUGGAUGUUAUUGAGUAA